AUGUCUGCAUCAGCACCAAGAACAAAACCCUGGGAAGUAUCACAGGGCACAAGCGCAGCAUCAACUCAACAACCCGCAAACAUACCUGCUGCUGCAGGCUCCACAGCAACGGCGACGACGACAGGGACAGGGACAUCAACAAACCCAUCGUUGCCUGAUCGUCCAACGUCGCUCACCAACGAAUUCAACAACAUGGCCCAAACGUCACCUUAUGGUAACAAUACCACUAACAACGCAUAUGGCACUUCUUCUACCUAUGGCAACAACUACGGCUCAUCAGGAUAUGGGUCGUCAAUGUAUGGCUCGGGCUAUGGGUCUGGAUACGGCUCUGGCUACGGGUCGGGCAUGUAUGGAUCAGGAUAUGGUUCAGGCUUUGGAUCAAGCAUGUACGGAGGAGGCUAUGGCUCUAGCAUGUAUGGGUCUGGGUAUGGUUCGGGAAUGUAUGGCUCGGGGAUGUACGGUUCGGGAAUGUAUGGCGGUGGCUACGGAGGUGGCAUGUAUAGCCAACCCGGUAUGAUGCAAGGAGGCUUUGGGGAAGGAACACAGGCAACAUUCAAUUUGAUUGAGAGUAUAAUAGGUGCUGUUGGUGGGUUUGCCCAAAUGUUGGAGGCGACAUACAUGGCAACCCAUUCAUCAUUUUUCACCAUGGUCAACCUUGCUGAACAGUUUGGUAACUUAAAAAACGCCCUUGGCUCACUACUUGGGAUAUUUGCCUUGAUUAAUCUUGCUAAAAAGUUGUUUGCUAAACUAACGGGGCAAGUGUAUAACAAUGGCAUUAAUUUGAAUGAAUUCAACAAAUUCGAAGCUAAGCAAAAGAAGUUGGAAGAUCAAAUCAAGAGAAAUGGAGCAAAUGCUAAUAAACCACCAAGAUUGUCAUUCAAGCCACUCCUCAUUUUCCUCGCCGCAUCCAUCGGUCUUCCCUAUUUACUAAGCAAAGCUAUUCAAAUGCUUAACGAACAAAAUAGGCGCAAAAUGGAAAUUCAACAGCAGCAACAACAGCAACAACUAGGGGGACCAAACGCUCCCUUUGACCCAUCAAACUUACAAUUUGCCAAGGCCUUGUACGAAUUCAAUCCAGAAAACCCACAAAUGGAAGCCGAGUUGAAACCAAAUGAAUUGGUGGCAAUAUUAUCAAAACAGGAUCCAUUAGGAAACGAAUCCAAAUGGUGGAAGGUGAGAACGAGGACAGGGAAAGUGGGAUACGUACCUAGCAACUUUUUGUCGGUGAUUGAGCGAAAACUGCAGCCGCCAUUGAAACAGGUGGAAUCGGCGCCAGCAGUACCACAAAACGUCAAACUGGAUCAAUUAUUGGAGGAGUUUAAGAAUAUUUAA